CGACGUAACCCCAGGAUGCUCCCCUUUGGGGCCAACUGGAAGGUAAACAUCCGUGUUCCUGCAGCCCCCGAGCGAGACAAAGGACGGGAGCGCCCCCCACUCGCUCUGCCCCGGACCGCAGGCGCCUCGCUCCGCUCCCCCCGCCCAGCGUUAGCGCUUGCGUGGUGGCGCCUCUCCCCCACCCCUGAGCGCGAGGGGAAGGCUCCUUUCUCUCCGUCGGUGGCCGCUCCGCCGUCGCGCUGGAGGAAGAGCGAGAAGGCGCUCGCGGGUCGGUUGAAAGCGGCUGCGCGUCCUUCUGGGUUGCUGCAAGAGGAAAAGGCAUGCAACGAGCUCGCCUCCUUUUCUCUGCCUAGAAAAGUGAAGCGAAGCUCGGGGGCGCCUUUUUUCCCGCCCCGUCCCGGAGAAGUCAUGAAUAUGGGAAUCUUCCAGGUGUCUGUUUGCUGUUUCUUAGGUCUCUGGGCCAUUGUAGUGGCUCAAGGACCAGAAUAUAGUUAUGGAUGUGCGGAGGGAAGUUGCUAUCCGGCUACAGGAGACUUGCUGAUUGGCCGAGCCAACAACCUCACAGUCUCCUCCACGUGUGGUCUUCAGAAGCCUGAACCCUUCUGCAUUGUGAGCCAUCUCCAGGAGGACAAAAAAUGUUUCACGUGUGAUUCGCGAGAUCCGUUCCAUGAGACCCUUAAUCCUGACAGCCAUCGUAUUGAAAAUGUGGUCACUGCUUUUGCUCCAAAUCGCCUCAAGCUGUGGUGGCAGUCAGAAAACGGAGUAGAAAAUGUGACUAUCCUAUUGGAUCUAGAGGCGGAAUUCCAUUUCACUCAUCUCAUUAUGACCUUCAAGACCUUCCGCCCCUCUGCAAUGUUGAUUGAAAGAUCCUCAGAUUUUGGGAAAACUUGGCAAGUAUAUAGAUAUUUUGCCUACGACUGUGAGAAUUCAUUCCCAGGCAUUUCCACUGGACCAAUGAAGAAAGUAGAUGACAUUAUUUGCGAUUCUCGGUAUUCUGAUAUUGAACCUUCAACUGAGGGAGAGGUGAUUUAUCGUGUCCUGGACCCUGCUUUUAGAAUAGAAGACCCAUAUAGCCCAAGGAUUCAAAAUAUGUUAAAGAUUACAAAUUUAAGAAUCAGAUUUGCCAAACUGCACACCCUGGGAGACAACCUUCUUGAUUCAAGAAUGGAAAUCCGGGAAAAAUAUUACUAUGCUGUUUAUGACAUGGUGGUCCGUGGGAACUGCUUUUGUUAUGGGCACGCCAGUGAAUGUGCGCCAGUGCAUGGAUACGAUGAGGAGGUGGAAGGAAUGGUCCAUGGCCAUUGCAUGUGUCGACACAACACCAAAGGUUUAAACUGUGAACAGUGUUUGGAUUUUUACCAUGAUUUGCCAUGGCGUCCCGCAGAAGGUCGCAACAGCAACGCCUGCAAAAAGUGCAAUUGCAACGAACAUUCUGCACAAUGCCAUUUUGAUAUGGCUGUUUAUAUAGCAACUGGAAAUAGCAGCGGUGGAGUGUGUGAUGAUUGUCAACAUAACACUGUGGGGCAUAAUUGUGAGCAGUGCAAGCCCUUCUACUUCCAACAUCCAGAGAGAGAUAUCCGCGAUCCCAACAUCUGUGAACCAUGUAACUGCGACCCUGUGGGCUCCCAGAAUGGUGGAAUCUGUGAUCGUUACACAGACUACUCUGCUGGCCUCAUUGCUGGACAGUGCCGUUGUAAAUUAUUUGUCGAAGGGGAACGUUGUGAUUUCUGCAAAGAAGGCUUUUAUGGAUUAAGCUCAGACAAUCCUCUUGGCUGUCAGUCUUGUGCAUGCAAUCCUUUGGGCGCACAUCCCGGAGGGAAUCCUUGUGACUCUGAGACAGGAAACUGCUACUGUAAACGUCUUGUUACUGGAAGGCACUGUGAUCAAUGUCUGCCUGAACACUGGGGGCUGAGCAAUGAUAUGGAUGGGUGUCGACCGUGUGAUUGUGAUCAAGGAGGUUCACUCAGCAAUAACUGCUCAAGUGAAUCUGGUCAGUGCCAGUGCAGGCCUCAUCUGAUUGGCCGCCAGUGCCAGGAAGUAGAACCUGGAUAUUUUUUCAUAUCUUUGGAUCAUUAUGUCUAUGAAGCAGAGGAUGCCCACUUUGGCCCUGGUGUGAGUUUAGUUGAGCGCCUGUAUUCUCAAGAUCGUAUACCUUCAUGGACUGGAAUAGGGUUUGUGAGAGUUCCUGAAGGAGCGUAUUUGGAAUUCUAUAUCGACAAUAUUCCAUUCUCUAUGGAAUAUGAUGUUCUGAUUCGAUACGAGCCACAGUUACCAGAUCACUGGGAGAAAGCUAGCAUUCGUGUAUUUCGCCCAGGCAGAAUUCCUGCUAGUAGUAGAUGUGGCAAUACUGUUCCUGAUGAUGACAAUCAAGAGGUAUCAUUAUCUCCAGGUUCCAGGUAUGCAGUCCUUCCGCACCCAAUAUGCUUUGAAAAGGGCCUGAAUUACACUGUUCGGUUGGAGCUGCCACAGUAUUCCUUAAACUCAGAGGUGGAAAAUCCAUACACGCUCAUUGAUUCACUUGUUCUCAUGCCAUAUUGCAAGUCACUGGACUUAUUCACAGUUGGAGGCAGAGGUGAUGAUGUGACAACUAACAGUGCCUGGGAAACAUUUCAAAGAUACCGCUGCCUGGAGAACAGCAGGAGCGUUGUUAAAACCCCCAUGACUGAUGUUUGCAGGAAUAUAAUUUUUAGCAUCUCAGCCCUGUUGCAUGAAACAGCACUGGCUUGCCAGUGUGACCCACAAGGUUCACUGAGUUCAGUAUGUGAUCCCAAUGGAGGCCAUUGUCAAUGUCGGCCAAAUGUUGUUGGCAGAAGAUGUGACAAAUGUGCCCCUGGCACUUUUGGAUUUGGACCCACUGGAUGCAAAUCCUGCGAAUGUCAUGUUCAAGCUUCCGUUAAUGCCUUCUGCCAUCCAGAGACUGGACAGUGCCAUUGUUUCCAUGGAGUAUAUGGUCGCCAGUGUGACAGAUGCUUGCCUGGAUAUUGGGGUUUCCCAAGCUGUCAACCCUGCCAGUGCAACGGCCAUGCAGAUGAAUGUGACCCAUACAGUGGACAAUGCUUGAGUUGCCGUGAUCACACCUCAGGCCCCAACUGUGAAAGGUGCCUUGCUGGUUAUUAUGGAGAUCCAGUCCUGGGAUCAGGAGAUCACUGUCGUCCAUGCCCUUGCCCCGAUGGACCAGAAAGUGGGCGCCAGUUUGCCAGUGGCUGUUAUCAAGAUCGGAUUACGUUGCAAGUGGUGUGUGUUUGUGAGAAAGGAUAUAAAGGAAGUAGAUGUGAUGAAUGUGCUUCUCUCUUCUUUGGAAACCCUGAAGACGCUGGAGGGACUUGCCAGCCCUGCCAGUGUAACAACCACGUUGAUUCCUCUGAUCCAGAGGCUUGUAACAAAAAGACAGGAUUGUGCCUCAAGUGUUUGUAUCACACGCAAGGUGAACAUUGCCAAGAGUGUAAACCCGGCUACUAUGGAUGGGCUCUUCAACAGGGUUGUAGAAAAUGUACCUGCAAUUACCUGGGAACUGUCCGUCAGCGUUGCAGCAGCUCUGAAGACUGUGAGUGUGAGAAAGAAACGGGCCAGUGCCAGUGUCUUCCUAAUGUGGUUGGACAGAAUUGUGAUCACUGUGCCCCAAACACGUGGCAACUGAGCAGUGGGACUGGGUGUGAACCGUGUGCCUGUAAUCCUGAGCAUUCCUUUGGCACAUCUUGCAAUGAGUUCACUGGGCAAUGCCAAUGUAUGCCAGGAUUUGGAGGACGCACCUGUACAGAAUGUCAGGAGUAUUUCUGGGGUGAUCCUCAUGUGAGCUGUCAAGCUUGUGACUGUGAUUUACGAGGCAUCCAGACUCUUCAGUGUAACCGUUCAACUGGCCAGUGCAUCUGUAAUGAGGGUGUUGAAGGUUUCCGUUGUGAUAAAUGUACCCGAGGCUACUCUGGCAACUUCCCAGACUGUGCUCCUUGUCAUCAGUGUUUUGCCCUUUGGGAUAUCAUCAUUAGUGAGCUGACCAAUAGGACACAGAGAUUCCUGGAAAGAGCCAAAGUCCUAAAAAUCACAGGGGUGAGUGGCCCCUACCAAGAGACUCUCAGCUCUGUGGAGGAAAAAUUGAAUGAGAUUAAAAAUAUCAUUGCUCAAAAUCCUGCUACUGAGCCACUUAAGAACAUUGGGGACCUCUUUGAGGAAGCAGAGAAGUUAAAAACAGAUGUGGCAAAAAAGAUAACUGAAGUAGAAGAAAAGGUAUCUAUGGUAGCAAAUGGAAGCAGCAGUGCAGACUCUGAACUGACAGCCUUAGAGGCAGAUGCCAGGAGCUUACACAAUGCCAUGAAAGAACUUGCUGAACAGCUGGAGUUCAUAAAAAUCUCUGAUAUUCGAGGAGCCUUGGACAGCAUCACCAAAUAUUUCCACAUGUCCCUGGAUGCAGAAAAAAGAGCCAACGCCUCAGUUUUGCUUCCUGGCAGCGUUGUUGAGCAGUCAGCUGAAAUGCGUCUCGAAGUGGAAAGCCUGAUCAAUGAUACCGAGGCCAAGUUCAAGGCUACGCAGGAAGAGCAGUCUCGUCUCUUGGAUGAACUUGCAGGCAGGCUGCAAAGUCUGGAUCUGGCAGAAGGGUCUGAGAAGAUGUGCGGAACUCCCCUGGGGGCUUCCUGCGCUGAUUCCAAAUGUGGUGGGUUGAGCUGCCGAACGGAAGAUGGGAAAAAGAAAUGCGGAGGGCCGGGAUGUGAGGGCUUGGUGACAGUGGCCCACACUGCCUGGCAGAAAGCAAUCGAUUUUGACAGAGACAUCCUGAGUGCUUUGGCAGAGGUGGAACAGCUCUCCAAAAUGGUUUCAGAAGCAAAACAAAGAGCCGAUGAAGCAAAGCAGAAUGCACAAGACGUUCUGCUGAAAACCAGCGCCACCAAGGAGCAAGUAGAUAGGAGCAACAAGGAUCUGAGAAAUCUUAUUAAGCAGAUCAGAGAAUUUUUAAUGAAAGACAGUGCUGAUCUUGAUAGCAUUGAAGCAGUUGCUAAUGAAGUACUCAACAUGGAGAUGCCCAGCACACCUGAGCAAUUGCAUACCCUGGCAGAUAACAUUCGGGACCGUGUGGAGAGUCUGUCUGAUGUGGAGACGGUCCUUCAGCAGAGUGCUGGAGAUAUCGCAAGGGCAAAGACGCUGUUGGAUGAAGCUAAAAAAGCCAGUAAAAGUGCAACAGAUGUUAAAGUCACGGCGGAUAUGGUCAAAGAGGCUCUGGAAGAAGCUGGAAGAGCCCAAGCUACAGCUGAAAAGGCUAUCAGGCUAGCAAAUGAAGAUAUCGAAGGAACGCAAAACUUGCUUACCUCUAUUGAAUCUGAAACAGUCACAGCAGAAGAUAAUUUGGGCAAUGCGACCCUGCGCAUCGCAGAACUAGAGAAGAACGUGGAAAUGCUGAGACAAAAGGCUGCUACAAACACAGAGGAUAUAAAAGCCGCAGAAGAAAAUAUUGCUGCUGUUAGUCAAACAACCACAGACAUACAAAAAAUACUAGAUGACAGUGUGAACGAGAAAUACAAAACAGUAGAAAACUUAAUUACCAAGAAAACAGGGGAGUCUGCAAAUGCCAGGAAGAAAGCAGAAGAACUGCAACAUGAAGCUAAAAUUUUGUUAGAUCAAGCAAACAGCAAACUUCAGCUGCUCAGAGAAUUGGAAGACGCAUACGAAAAGAAUCAAAAAAUUCUGGAAGAGAAAGCUAAAGAAGUAAUGAAAUUGGAAGAAACUGUCCGGGGCCUCCUGCAAGCCAUUAGUCAAAAAGUUGCAAUUUAUAGCACCUGCUAAGAAUUGGAAAAGGAAACAAAGAUCUUGGGGGGGGGGGAGUUCAAAAAACUUUCAUUUGAAGGCAGGUCUUAAAUUGAUAUGGAACCUGUCAUAAUCUGACCAGAUGCCAGCAUUUUUUUUGGCUUUGUAAAAUAAAAAAAUACUACUUUGUAACCAA